CUAUCAUGUUGCAGUCCUGAUCCUGUCGACUUCCGCACUAUCGACUUUUCUCGUUGUUGCGGUCUCUCGCGCUAUCCCGUCAGGCGUGCGCCCAAGGACUUGGCAAAGGCCCGAGAUACACAUCAUUUGAGCCGACAGUGAGCAGACAAUGCGCAGCAUGUCCACUUUCCAUCCAUUUCCACGGUUGCCAUUGGAACUUCGCUUAGCGAUAUGGGAAAUGACCGUUGAGCCUCGUGAAGUCGAGGUCCGCAUUGUCAAGCCCAAGCCGAUACCAGAAGGCCCACCCGCGCCGUUGUGGUCAAAGCCAACAGAUUGGUCGUACAUCAGCAGGGCGAAAUUCGAAGAAGCCAUGAGCGACAUCCCUACCUCAACACGUGCAGGACGCAAGGCAAGAAAGAAGGCCUGGGAUCAGUGGGACCACUACCAUACAUACGUUCAUUUGACUUCUCCAACAGUUCCUGUAAUCCUUCAUGCUUGUCAAGAAGCUCGCAACCACAAACUAUAUCAUCAGGUCUACCUAGAAGGAGAAGACCAGCCUUCUAAUGAUCGCCGAUAUGUUUGGUUAAAUCUAGACAUUGAUCUGUUGAACAUAGGAACGUGGAGUUUGGUAUACUUCUUACCAAUAGCGUCAUUGAUCAAGCGGCUGAAGCUCAGUCGUGAGACUCCGGAGGAGUGGGACCAUGAGAUGGACCUGCUGUCCAACUUUAUCAACGCUGAAGAGGUGCAAUUAGUCUGCAUUGGUGGCUUCAUCGAUUGGGGAGAGGAAGUGGAUGCAGUCAAGUGGCCAUGCGGCAAGGAGAAGUUGCGUUUUCUUGAACCACACAUCACGUUCACCGACGGGUCACCUGUUGGGUAUCGUGAGCUGAAGCACGCGUUCCGGAGGUUCUGGUCGGCUGCUAACCCGGAAUACUACGAUGCUGAUUACUGGAGUGAGGAUGAAGACUACGUGGAUUAAAGAAACUCAAUCUUCUUGAUUACUCCAAUCAUUCAGAGGAGUCAUUUGCAUGUGGCGCUUGCUUUGGCUGUCUGGACAGUUUUGAUUUCUACGAAUACCAAAGAAGU